CUGAUUGGUCGCCGCGUCCGACCGAGAUAAACACAGCCGCGAGUAUAUAUAUAUAUAGUGGCAUUUAAGAGAAACUUCACGAACACUUUUACGCACGCCGUUUUACGCACUCGUCAAGAUGAGAGCGCACAUCCAGAAAGGUCCUCAGAUUCUGGAGCUGCUGAAGAAGAAGUCUGUGGGGCUUCAGCACUGCAAGCCCACAUCCUCCGUCUGCGUGCUGGACUCGAAGGAUGCUGCGGGAAGCGCGCCCUGCGCACACAGUCUCGACUCCAUCCCUGGACCAACCAACUGGCCGCUGUUCGGAAGCCUCUUCGAGCUGCUCCGGAAAGGAGGUCUAAAAAGACAACAUGAGGCGCUGAUCAAUUACCAUAAGAAGUUUGGGAAGAUCUUCCAGAUGAAGCUGGGCUCUUUUGAGUCGGUUCACAUUGGGGCUCCCUGUUUAUUGGAGGCUCUUUACAGGAAGGAGGGCAACUAUCCUCAGAGACUGGAGAUCAAACCAUGGAAAGCCUACAGAGACAUGCGGGAUGAGGCUUAUGGGCUGCUCAUACUGGAAGGAAAGGACUGGCAGCGAGUGCGCAGCGCUUUCCAGCAGAAACUCAUGAAACCAACUGAAGUCAUGAAACUGGACGGGAAAAUCAAUGAAGUCUCAGCUGAUUUGAUAAAGAGGAUCGGAAGAGCCCAAGUCAACGGGAAGAUCGAUGAUUUGUAUUUUGAACUGAACAAGUGGUCCUUUGAAACUAUUUGCUAUGUGCUUUAUGACAAACGGUUUGGACUCUUGCAAGACAAUAUCAGCCAGGAGGCCAUGGAUUUCAUCACGUCAGUAAAAACGAUGAUGAGCACCUUUGGGCUGAUGAUGGUGACGCCCGUGGAGCUCCACAAGACCUUCAAUACGACAACAUGGCAAGAUCACACAGCGGCCUGGGACCGCAUUUUUAGCACAGCAAAACUUUAUAUUGACAAGAAUCUGAAGAGGCACUCAAACGACAACACAGGAAACUUUCUCUGCGACAUCUACCACCAGAGCCACCUCACCAAGAAGGAGCUGUAUGCCGCCACAACCGAACUCCAGGUCGGAGGAGUGGAGACGACAGCUAAUAGCAUGUUGUGGGUUAUUUUCAACCUUUCACGUAACCCCUGCUCCCAAGCUAAACUUCUGAAGGAGAUCCAGGAUGUGGUGCCUGCAGGAGAAACACCGAGUGCCGAGCACAUCAAGAACAUGCCCUACCUCAAAGCCUGCCUGAAGGAGUCCAUGAGAGUUUCACCGUCUGUGCCGUUCACCAGCCGUACCUUAGACAAAGACACCGUUCUGGGCGAUUAUACUCUGUCCAAAGGAGUGAGUAUCUCAUUAUUAGACCUCCUCACUACUGCCCCCUAUAUGAACUCUGAUUCAAAACCUAGUGAGCAACCUUGAAGUCUGCUGUCUAACUGACAGCUCCCUUCUUAGACAGCAUCUUAACUGAAAUAAGAGUGAUUUCAAAAGCUAUAAAUUAGCAGCAAAAAUGCUCCUCUCAUGAUGGCACAAUAGAUUCCAAUAGAAUUUAACAUGUU